AUAGAAAGCAGCGAUAAAUACCUGCGUUGCGUCCCCCCAAUCCGAGUUCGAGCUAUUGCUAUUAGUAGUGCAAGUAGCUGUGUCAGCCGUAAUAGCAGCGCCAGUCUAAUGUAUGUGACCCCGAGGUCAGACCAAGGGAACUUCCUUAGGCGGUAUGACGAGGCACUUCCAGCUCGAGCUGGAGCUGCUGCUCAGCCAGCGCUUUUCUCCCCUGGCAUUGGUGAGUGUUUUGUUUUUAACCUCUUGCGGACCCUUGGCCCAUUGGUCACUUCCUCCCUUAGUCGAAGGUUGGCGCGAGCCCCACUCAUACAAGUAGGUGAAAACUCUAGUUCAACUGGCCAAAAGGCCAUAGAUAGGCUUUUGGCUGGGGUUAGCUAUGGCAAGGGUAGUUUCAACUCCCAAGCUCGGUACUUCUAUGACUGA